GUUAACAGGUGUUCAUGUGUUGAAGGUAUCAUCACAGCUAAGAAAAGUUUGAGAAGUUUGUACGCGCAGACGUCUGAAGCAACACAUAGUAAUUAUACAAAAGACGAAGAAUUGACUUUGGGCACAAACAUGAAAGUGGAUAAAAUAAUCAACCAUACAAACGAAAUUCUCUAUCUGGAGAUAAAGAAAUUCUCUUUUAGGCAUCUCCAUGAAUAGAGAUAAAGAUCAAUUGUCAAGUCCGAAAUCUAUGGAUAAAAUUCUAAGUCCCAUCAAAUGGAAUUUACGUUGACGACAAAAAAGCAGUCCAUUCAAAGCCAACUGAUCGUCUGACGAGAACAGAUACAUUUCAUUUGGAUCUGUCAUCACAAACAUUAUCAAAAACUGAGCAACAAUAUUGAAGAAGAAAAAAUUACUACAAUAAAACAUCCUCAUUUUUACAUCUGUCAAAGUUUGAAUACUUAUCGCACGAAUGAUCAACCAAGAGGAUGUACGUUUUGAACAUAAAGGAUUGAUGCAAAUUUAGUCCAUAACAUUCGACUUCACAUUUGUGAAAGCUUUAAAACUAUAAAUAAAUCCACAGAACAUGGAAAAUGGUGGACACAUAGGAUCUGCAAACAGUCUGGCGCUGGCAAGAAUGGAAAAAGGAAAAUAUAAUGUGGAAAGUGGUUACAAAUCAAAGGGUUCAAGGAAAUGGAUUUUGAUCAUCGCUGUGGCGUUCAUAAUUGUCGUCCUACUUAUCUCAGUUAUUGUUCUCGCCAUUUUGUACGAAGAUAAAGAUUCAAAUUCAUCAAAAACAUCCCCACAAGAAUUUUCAAAACCGUCCGAUGAACCUUCUUUCACACCUACAACCGCACAACAAAUUUGCGAAACCAGAAAAGAUGUCCCUACACCAAGUCUUCCAUCAAACCCGGAGGGACCAUAUAUGAAAGCUGCUGUCUCUGCUGAUGAUGUUCGAUGCUCGAAGAUUGGAGUGGAUGUACUUAAAAUGAACGGUUCAGCUGUAGACGCAGCAAUUGCUGGAUUAUUUUGCAUUGGUGUUAUACAGAUGCAUUCAGCUGGCAUUGGAGGUGGAGCCGUAAUGGUUGUGUACACGAAAGCAAAGAAAACAGCUGAAUAUUUCAACUUUAGAGAAAAAGCACCGAGAAAAGCUUCAAGAAACAUGUUUAAGGGAAAAAACAAGGCUUCGCUCAAAGGUGGCUUGGCUAUUGCUGUACCAGGCGAGAUAAAAGGAAUGUAUGAAGCUCACAAGAAAUAUGGGAAACUAAGGUGGAGAGAACUUAUCCUUCCAUCGAUAAAUCUGGCAAGAGAAGGAUUUAUAAUUCAUGAAGCACUUCAUCAGGCCAUAGACAGGAAAAUAGAAAUAAUCAAAGAACGUGAAGGCUUGAGGGAGAUUCUUGUGAAAGAUAAUGGUUGUGUUAAGACGAAAGGUGAUCGGAUAAUUAACGAGAAAUUAGCGAUAACUCUUGAAAGAAUUAGCUUCGACCCAGAGUCAUUUUAUAAUGGAACUUUAGCAGAAGAUAUCGCCCGUGAUGUACAGAAAAACAAUGGAAUAAUUACACAGAAAGAUCUCGAGGAUUACAACGUGGAAAUUGAGCCAGCAAUCACGGCACAAAUUGGUGAUCUUAAUCUUUACACGUCAGGACUACCAUCCAGCGGUGUUUUAAUUGCAUUCAUGCUUAAUGUCUUAAAAGGCUACAAUUUCACCUCUAAAGAUGUCGCAAAUAACAAGGCGAAAGCCAGUACGUAUCAUAAAAUCAUAGAGACUUUUCGUUAUGCUUUCGCCAGACGAGCGUUGCUUGGUGACAAGAAUUAUGCCAACGUGACCCAAAUAUACGCCGACCUUCAAGAGCCAACUUACGCAGAGAACAUACGUCAACUAAUAACAAAUCGAACAUAUCACGAUGCGAGUCAUUAUGGCGGUUAUUUUUCGAACCAUGAUGUUCCUGGUACCUCUCAUCUGUCAGUGCUUGCCUCAAAUGGAGAUGCAGUAUCGGUUACCAGCACAAUCAAUACUCAUUUUGGCUCUAAAGUGCGUUCAACUGUCACUGGGAUUAUAUACAACAACGAAAUGGAUGAUUUUUCUACACCAGGAUUGAUUAAUACAUUUGGAGUUCGACCUUCGCCCAGCAAUUUUAUAAAGCCUGGAAAAAGGCCCAUGUCGUCCAUGAGUCCAAUUAUUCUGACAAACAAAACGUCUGGUGACGUUGUUUUUGUUGCUGGGGCAUCAGGAGGCACCAGGAUUACAACAGCAACUCUAUUGGUAAUUAUGCGCAAGAUUUGGUUUGGUCUUACUACAAGUGAAGCAGUGAACAUGCCUCGUUUUCACGAUCAACUAUUUCCCGACUUUGUUACCAUUGAAAAACCACCAAGAAAUCUUGAUGAUGAUAUUGUUGACAAGUUGCGGACGUACAGACACAAAGUGAAAACGAAACGAACCUUGUCUGUUGUGCAAGCAAUUUCAAAAGAGAUUAACGGGUUAAUAUACGCCAAAUCUGAUCCAAGAAAAGGCGGUUACAGUUUUGGCUAUUAAACUAUACAUAAACUCGCAGUAAAAUUUUUCAAGACUUUGUCACAGAAUUUUAUAAUCGCCCAUUUCAUCAUAACAUUGACAAACUUGUAAAACUCUACAAAACACGCCAUUUUUAUCGGAGCAUCGACAAACUUGUAAAACUCUACAAAACACGCCAUUUUUAUUCGCAACAUCGACAAACUUGUAAAUAUUUUUAGUUUCAUUCAGCAGCACGUUGACAAAGUUAAUUCCUUAACUACAUAUUUCAUCAAAUAUGUUUCAUUUUCUA